AUGAAAUCCUCUCCAAUGAAAUUAGCGAAUUUGGUCUCACAGAUGCAAGGCCUUAGUGGUAGUGAUGGAGUGGAGGUGGUGGUGGUAGGGAUGGCGCUUGUGGAGGUGGUGGUGGUGACAACAUGGUGGUGGAGGUGGCAGCAUGGUGGUGGUGGUGGUGGUGGUUGUGGAGGUGGUGGUGUAUGUGGAGGUUUUGAAGGAGGUGGUGGUUGUGGUGGUGGUGGUGGUAGUGUUGGUGGUGGAGGUGAAGGUGGAGUUGGUGGUGGUGGUUAUGGUGGAGAUGGAAGUGAAGGUGGUGGUGGUGGAGGAGGUGGUGGUGGUGGUGGUGGCGGUGGCGAUGGCGGUGGUUGUGGAGGUAGUGAAUGUGGUGGUGUAAGUGGUGGAGUUGGAUGUGGAAGUGGAGGUGGUGUUAUUUUUUAA